CUCUUGUCAUCGGUUACAUAAGUCAUAGUAUUCGGUUGGCGUAGUGGACCCGAAGGAAGACAAUCGUUCCCUCUCGACUAUCAAACAAUGCUGGUGAGUUGACGGUAACUUAUCUGCCUGGUUCCCAUAUACUAUUGUAGCCGUCUGAUGAUGUCAUAACGGCCUCGGGGUGCACCGUGUCGCGCAUUAGCAUCGUAUAUUUUUUGGGUAUCUUGGUACGCCCGGCGAUAGGCCGUCCCGAAGUCCAUAUUGAAUGUUAUGUGCACUAUUACGACCGCAGUAUGACCCCCCCAGCUGUUCUACAUAGAAGCACGUGUUUUCCUACCCAUCCACCAUCGCUGCCACGGUCGGUCGCCGAUCCAUACUCACCGCUACGAAGGAAUACUGCUGAAAUUCGGCUAACAACUCGAAGCGCUGUCACUGCUACUAUCACUCGCGCAAGAUGGGUGUGCUUUGUCUCGGGACACCACUUACCUGGGAAGAGACAAAGAAUCACGCAGAUCAUGUCAGAAACCAUGGAAUCAUUCAAUUCCUUCGCACCUGGCACAGGGUGAAAGAUCGUACUAGCGAUGAGCUUUUGUGGGGUGACGAGGUCGAGUGUAUGGUGGUUGUGGUCGAUGAUGAAAAGAAGGAAGCAAAGGUUUCCCUUCGUCAAGCAGAAACUCUGGAAGAACUCGGUAAAAUUGUCGGGACACUUUCUAACGACACCUCUCCAUCUACACCUGUAGCCAAAUUUCACCCUGAGUAUGGGAGGUUUAUGCUGGAGUCUACUCCUGGCUCCCCUUAUACGGGUUCGAUUGCAGGUCUCCUCUCAAUGGAAACAAACAUGCGCUACAGACGCACGCUGGCGCGAAAUCAUCUAAGGAAAAACGAAAUCCUGCUCACUCUGACAUCAUUCCCCCGAUUGGGUACUGUUGACGUGUUCACAGAACCACAUUAUGACCCGAAAGAUGCGAAGUCCAGUCACAGUCUAUUUUUACCUGAAGAGAUCACGCACCCUCACGUACGAUUCUCCACCCUUACUGCCAACAUAAGAAGUCGAAGGGGAUCCAAGGUCGCUGCGAAUCUCCCAAUAUUCAAGGAUGAAAGAACACCACGGCCUUUUGUUGAUCCUACCAUACCGUGGCAACGUGACCUAUACCCAGAGGAUUCCGAAGCUAAGAAUGGCGCAGCCUUGAUGGACCACAUAUACAUGGACGCAAUGGGGUUUGGCGGGGGUUGCUGUUGUUUGCAGCUUACAUUCCAGUGUUGUAGCGUGAACGGAGCACGGCGGAUGUACGAUGCCCUGAUUCCGAUUGGCCCCCUUAUGCUAGCACUCACGGCAGCUAGCCCAAUUUGGCGCGGGUAUCUUGCGGAUGUGGACUGUCGCUGGAACGUUAUUGUGGGGAGUGUGGACGACCGAACACGGGAAGAACGUGGACUUGAGCCGUUGAAGAAUAGCAGAUAUAUCAUUCCUAAGUCCCGAUACGACAACGUUUCCCUGUACAUUUCUUCCGAAUGCGCCAAUAAGCCAGCGUAUAAUGACACUGUUGUACCCUAUGAUGAGGCUAUUAAAGAUCGCUUGCUCAGUCAUGGUAUCGACGAAAUGCUUUCAAAGCAUAUCGCACAUCUGUUUAUCCGUGAUCCACUCAUCAUAUUCUCUGAAACUAUUCACCAAGACGAUAGUUCUAGCGUUGACCAUUUCGAGAGUAUACAUUCCACGAAUUGGCAAAGUCUCCGACUUAAACCCCCUCCUCCUGGCUCUUCCAUGGGCUGGCGCGUCGAGUUUCGCACCAUGGAAGUACAAAUGACGGAUUUUGAAAAUGCUGCAUUCGCAGUGUUCAUCGUUCUACUUUCCAGGGCCAUAUUAGCUUUCAAAUUAAAUUUCUAUAUUCCUAUUUCGAAGGUAGAUGAGAACAUGCAGAGGGCUCAGAAGCGAGACGCAACGCGUACCCAAAAUUUUUUCUUCCGCAAAAACGUAGUUCCACAGGGAUAUGCCACUCCAGCUGCCGGCUUAUCUCCAUCCGGGUCAUCUAUCCCUAGCGAGUGCGGUGAUUGUGGUAUGGCCACACAAAUGAAAGAACGAAAACUAAGGAACUGCUUCCCAACGCUCGCACGUCCUCCAACCACUGACGAUGGCUCGGUUGAAGAUGAAUAUGAGGAGAUGUCUAUCAAAGAAAUUUUUUGUGGAAAGGGGCCUACGUUUCCAGGGUUGUUGGGACUUGUGGAUGCUUAUCUCGGCACACUGGAACUGACUCCAGCUGAAAGAAAGAAAAUUGACAAAUAUCUUGACCUCGUUCGUGGCCGUGCCGAUGGUACAUUGCAAACGCCCGCUACAUGGAUACGAAGUUUUGUGAGGUCGCAUCCGGCAUAUAAGUUUGAUUCGGUUGUCAGCCAGGAGAUUAAUUAUGAUCUGCUGAUUGCUAUUGACCGGAUUGAGCGGGGCACUUUGUGCGCCCCAGAACUUCUACCAGAGGGUUACAGUCAGCCAUACCUCAACGGAUUUCAUUGAAAAAAUCAACACCCCGACUGUUAGGGUCCAUCACGACUCUGCAAUAAGGAUUUGGGCAACCUCUUCUGAAUAGAAUUUCGUGAUGCAUUUCUCGUGUGGACAUGUAUGUCCCUUGAGAGUUGUAUCUGCAAAAAUGAUUGUUAACUACUGGUAUUCAUAUGAUUAUAAGAAGUAUUCGAGGGUCGUAUAGUUGGAUUCAGAGAAUGCUACGUGGCGAGCGGCAUUAUACAUGCUGUUAGACGAGCUUGGAAUGAGUAUGUACUGCGACACCGCGGCGGACGUGAGACAAAAACAAGGGAACAGCGACAAAGGUUGUGCAUUAGCAGUGGUAUCAGGAAAGCUACAAUGAAGCUGCUGUGUCCGCAGCAUCUGACGCGUGUGUUGUGGAGUGAUCAGGUG